CUCGUUGUUGCUGCUGCUGCUACUCGCCGCUUCGUUCCGACAUGAGUGGAUCAGACAGCAAAAAAGGCUCGUCGGGGUCAUCGGGUGUUAUGGCCUGGAUUGGAUCGGCGUGUCGGUUUGCCACAGAUAGAAAUGACUUUCGAAGGAACCUGCUGGUUAAUCUUGGAUUGUUUGCGGCUGGUGUUUGGGCUGUAAGAAACUUUUCAGAUAUCGACCUGAUGUCUCCUCAGCCCGUCACAUAACCUCCUGUACUGUAUAGCACGAGCAACGGUGUCUUGGACCAACAAAACCUACAUAAGACUAACCAAUGCAACUGUCAUGACCCACACAUAUUUUGUUCAAGAUGCUCAUUGGUGCUUAUUUGAGUGAACAAGAUAUAAUGAAACCAAACAUUGAACCUUUUAUUUUUGAGUGCUGU